GCAGCACUUACGAAACUAAAGGCCAGGGAAGUGGAUAAAUAAAAGAUGCCGGCGAAACAGAAAAAGUCCACAGCUUCUGAGGAAACUGAAGAGGUUGAUGAUGAAGUGGAGGAAACGGAGCCAGAGUUAAAGGAGAAGAGCAACGGUGUGACCCGUAGGGACACGGCAAAAGGAGAGAAGAGUCGGAGGAAACACAGAAGUGCAGAGAAUCCCAGCAAUCAAGAGGCCAAAGAGAAAGAGAAGAAGAAAGAGGGUGACAAAACAAAGGAGAAAAGGAAGAAGAAGAACCCAGAGUAUGUUCACGAAGUCGAUGCUGUGAUUGAAAAUGAAGCUGAAGAGGGUGAGCAGAACAACAAUGACCCCAGGGCCAAGUCCAAAAAGGAAAAGCAUAAAGAGGAAGUGACUGAGGGAGCGAAGGAGGAGAAGAAGAAAAAGAAAAAGAAAACCUCCACUGAGAGUCCAGAAGGAGACGAGGACAUGGGCUCCAAAGAUAAAAAGUCCAAAGAUGGCAAAAAGAAAAAGAAGUCUCACGAUGAUGAUGAGGAGCCUGUGCUGGAUGAGCAGGAAGAGGAGGAAGACUCAAAGAAAAAGAAGAAGAAGAAGGGGAAGAAGGGAUCUGGAGACAGCGAUGAUGACAAAAAGAAAAAAGGGAAGAAAUCCAAAACCAAACAGGUGGACUAUGCUGUGAUUUACCAGAAUGAGCUGCUGAACUACCACACGGACUCUUCUGAUGGAUAUGAGGACGAGUACUACAAAAAGAAAGUGUAUGAGGUGGUCACUGUGACAGGUGACGUGAAGGGCGCCGGAACUGACGCAAAUGUGUUUGUUACACUGUUUGGGGACUUUGGCGUCACCCCGAAAGUUCACCUGGCAAGCAACACAGAAAAGAGAAGCCGGACUGCGUUUGACAAGAACAAGACCGACGUCUUCCGCAUCAAAACGCAGAACAUAGGCCCUUUGAAGAAGAUGAGGAUCGAGCACGACAACACGGGGAUGAGCGCCAGCUGGUUCCUGGACAGGGUGGUGGUGACCGACAUGAACCGGCCACAUCUGCGCUACUAUUUCGCCUGCAGCAACUGGCUGAGCCGAGAGGAGGGAGACAACCUCUUUGUCAGGGACCUGCUGGGCAGCAUGAACCCCAUGGACGUCCCCAAAUUCAAUAAGUACAUAGUGAGCGUGUUCACCCCUGACAUUAAGGGAAGUGGAACGGAUGCUGACGUCUUCCUAAAUAUCUUUGGGGAGAACGGGGACACAGGAGAGAGACGGCUUGACAGUGAAAAGGACAACUUCGAGCGCGGCUCGGAGGACAAGUUUACCAUAGAGUCUCCGAACCUGGGCAGGCUGAGGAAGAUCACCAUCGGGCACAACAACAGAGGUUCCUCAGCUGGAUGGCUGCUAGACAAGGUGGUAAUCGAUGACAUGGGGAAUAAGGAAGUGUACGAGUUCCCAGUUAAUCGGUGGUUCGCCAUGGAUGAAGGUGAUGGGAAAAUACAGAGAGAUAUAUUGGUUGGAUCCAUGCAACCAAUGGGAGUUGUUUACAACGUGCAGGUGAUGACCGGAAAUGUGAGGGGAGCGGGCACCAACUCUAAGAUGCACAUAGUCAUGCAUGGCUCCAAGGGCUUAAAAAACAGUGGCAAGAUCUUCUUGGAAGGUGGAGCCUUUGAGCGCGGCCUCAUCGAUAUUUUCAACGUGGAAAUAUGUGAGCUAAUCAGUCCGCUCAGCAGAGUCACCAUCGGGCAUGACAACGCCGCGGUCGGUGCCGGGUGGUACUGUGAAAAGGUGGUCAUAUACUGCCCGUUCACGGGCAUCGAGCAGACCUUUCCGUGUGGGAUGUGGCUGGACGAGGACGAGGCAGAUGGUCUGAUUGAGAGGGAGCUGUAUGAAAUGGUCUCCCUCCGGCAGAAGAAGCAAAAGAAGUACCCGUGGUCCCUGUGGAUCUGGACGUCGGACGUGAAGGGGGCGGGGACGGAUGCCCAGGUGUUCCUGCAGAUCUACGGAGAGAAGGGCAAGUCUGAUGAGAUCAAGCUGGAAAACAACUCAGACAGCUUUGAGCAGGCUCAGGUUGAUAAAUUCAUGAUUGAAAUGCCAGACAUAGGAAAAUUACAGAAACUGCGCAUCUGGCAUGAAAAGAGGAGUCCGUUUGCUGGAUGGCAUUUAGCCAAGGUCACUUUGCUCAAGACUCUGACGAUGGAGAAAUAUUCCUUUGAAUGUGGACGCUGGCUGGAUAUUAAUGAAGAUGAUAACGAGAUAAUCAGAGAGCUUCCAGCUACAGGAGCAGUGAUUGACGAGCCACUGCCCUUGAUUAAAUAUCGCGCUACCAUCUGCACUGGCAACGUCAGUGGCAGUGGCACUGAUGCCAGCGUCUUCCUCAAUAUAAUCGGCGACCUGGGCGACACAGGGGAGCGGCCGAUGAUUAUAAGCAAAACCAACGUCAACAAAUUCGAAAAGGGAAAUCAUGACGAGUUUCUCAUCGAAGCCGUGUCCUUGGGCCAGGUCCGACGGGUCCGCGUCGGCCAUGACGGCCGCGGCGGAGGCUGUGGCUGGUACCUUGAUAAAGUGAUGGUGAGGGAAGAGGGUCAGCCCGAGUCCGUGGCUAUUGAGUUUCCCUGUUCCAGGUGGUUGGACCGUAAUGAGGAUGACGGACAGAUAGUUCGUGAGCUGGUUCCGGCUGGAGAGGGUCUGCGUCUCUUCAAUAUCGGCUACCACGUGGCGAUUAAGACUGGCAAUGUGAACGGAGCCAGCUCGGACUCCAGGGUGUUCGUGAAGCUGUUCGGGGAGAAGGGCGACACCAACAAAAUGAUCCUGGCGGUUUCUGACAACGACCUCGGGAACUACUUCGAAACUGGGCGCACUGACAUCUUCACCAUCGACACCUAUGACAUCGGAAAGAUCAGCCGUCUCCUGAUUGGUCACACCAACGAAGGCCUGCGCGCUGGAUGGUUCCUGGACAGUGUGCAGAUCUCCGUGCCGGUCCAUGGGAUGCAGUACAUGUUCCCCAGCCACCGCUGGCUCGCCAAAGACAACGCUGAUGGGAAAGUGGAGAUUGAGAUCUACCCCAGUGAGACCCUUGAGAUAGAACAAUUGAUCAACUAUGAAGUGACGGUGGUCACGGGGGACGUGCGCGCAGGCGGCACCAAUGCCAGCGUGUUCUGUCAGAUCUACGGAGACGAAGGAAAAACCGAAGUUCUUCCUCUCAAGAGUCGCUCCAACAAUUUUGAACGUGGUACUACAGAAAUCUUUAAGAUCGAGGCUCAGGACGUUGGCAAGGUGUACAAGGUCCGGAUCUACCACGACGGGAAGGGCAUCGGAGACGGCUGGUUCCUGGAAAAGAUGGACAUCAAGCGUCUAACGAUGGCCAUGGUGCAGAUUGAAGUGAAGAAGGAGGAGCCCAAAAAAGACAAGAAAAAGGACAAGAAGAAGAAGAAAAAGGAGGAAGAGGAGGUCGAGAUAAUUGAGGAGUUGAAGGAAGUGGUGGUGACGUAUAAUUUCCCUUGUAACCGCUGGCUGGCCAGAGAUGAGGAGGACGGGGAGAUUGUGGUUGAGCUUCUGGCUGAAGACAAUGAAGACAUGGAAAUGAACUCAUAUGAGGUUCAUGUGUUCACUGGGACCAUGUGGGGGGCAGGCACCGAUGCCAACGUUUACAUCAACAUCUAUGGAGAGAUCGGUGACACAGGGGAGCGACGGCUCAGGAAGUCCAACCACCUGAACAAAUUUGAGAAAGGCCACGAGGACAUUUUUAACAUCACAGCUGCCGACCUGGGGGUCCUGAAGAAGCUGAGGAUCCGGCACGACAACAGCCAGGCCAGUCCCGGCUGGUUCUUAGACAGAGUGGAGAUUGUGGACAACAAAGACGACACAACAUACUUUUUUCCUUGUAAACGUUGGCUCGCUAUCGAUGAGGACGACGGGCAGCUUGCCAGGGAGCUUGUUCCUGUGGACGAAGCUUUUAUGAAGAAGGGGGAUGAUGACGAUGAUGAAGACUCUGAAGCCACGCUUGGUUUGGAGCAGAAAGCCAUGUCAACAACAUACACAGUGAGGAUAAAAACUGGGGACAAGAAAUAUGCAGGGACAGAUGCUAAUCUGUUUAUGAUUUUGUACGGCACCAAGGACGACACAGGGAUAAUUAACCUGAAGGCAUCAAAGACUCACAAGAAUAAGUUUGAAAGGGGUUUGACCGAUGAGUUCAUCGUAGAAGCUGUAGACCUCGGACCGCUCAAGAAGCUGCGUAUUGGACACGACAACCGUGGAGGAGGGUCAGCAGGUUGGUUCCUCGACUGGGUGGAGAUCGACGCCCCGUCUCAGGGACAGAAGCUGCGCUUCCCCUGCGGCCGGUGGUUGGACAAAGGGGAGGAUGACGGCGCUAUCGUCAGGGACCUCUUCCCAAAUCCCCUUCAGACGGAGCUGUACACACCCUUUGUUCCCUAUGAGAUCAAAACCUUCACGAGCGACGUGUUCGGCGCCGGCACAGACGCUGACGUGUUCAUCGUCCUGUAUGGACGAGAUGCCGUGUGCACGCAGCAGAAGUCUCUGUGCGUCAACAAGAGGGAGAGGAGGAUGUACUUCGAGAGGGGAGCUGAGGACAUGUUCAUUGUUGAGUUAGAAGAUGUUGGGGAUGUUAUGGAGAAGAUUCGUAUUGGCCACAACAACCACGGGGUGAACCCAGGCUGGCAUCUGGACCGGGUGGAGAUCAGACGUCUGCUCAGGAAAGGAAAGGGUUCAGAGACGGUCAUCUUCCCUUGUGAGCGCUGGCUGGCCAAGUCGGAGGAUGACGGAGAAACCGUGAGAGAGCUGGUUCCCUCUGACAUCAUCACGGAGAAGCUGUCACGAGAUGGAAACCUGAAAGUCACAGAAGUGGAGGUGGAAGACGCCCUGGAGACUCACACGUACAACGUGUCAGUGAUGACGGGUGACGUGUAUGGAGCUGGCACAGAUGCCAACGUCUUCCUCACCAUCUACGGGAACCUGGGGGACACCGGGGAGAGGAAGCUCGGCAAGUCGGAAACGAACGGCAACAAGUUUGAGCGUGGCUCAGUGGAUAGAUUCACAAUCGAGGCAGUCGACCUCGGAGAGGUGUACAGGAUCAAAAUCCGCCACGAUAACAGCAUGGUGAGCGCCGACUGGUAUUUGGACCAGGUGGAGGUGGUCGACGUGGACACAGAGGAGGUUUUCCUCUUCUUAUGUGAACGCUGGCUCUCGAGAAAAAGGGAGGACAGACUCAUUGAGAGAGUCUUCUAUGUCAAGGGUUAUGAAGGAGUGAGAGAGAGCCUGCACAGUAAAAAGAAAAGCUCAGCGUUGAAGGUGGAGAGCGUUGACAGCAACAUGAACAAAAAGAACAAGAAGAAAAAGGAGGAAGAAGCCGAGCUCCCGAUCAUACCAUACCACAUCACCAUCUGUACGGGGCUGGAGAGGGACGCGAGCACCAACAGCAGAGCUUACGUGAUCAUCGUUGGCACCAAUCACGUCCAGACAGAGCGGCUGUGGCUGGACCCACCGGACGGGAGACGGGGCUUCGAGGCCGGCUCCAUGGAGAACUUUCAGGCCCAUGGCUCAGAUGUGGGGGAGAUCAAAAAGGUCGAGCUCGGCCACGAUGGGGCCACUCCUGAGAGCUGCUGGCUGGUUGAUGAGCUGUCGGUUGCUGUGCCAACCAAAGGGGUCAAAUAUAUCUUUGCGUGCAAGUGCUGGCUGGCCAAAGAUCGAGGAGACGGGCUCACAGCGAGAGUGUUCAACGUGCUGGAUGCAGAGGCCAUUUCCAUCUCCCAGAAGAUUGUUUAUGAGGUGAUGGUGGUGACAGGAGACGUCCAGAACGCAGGAACAGACACCAAGAUCUUCAUGACUGUGUUUGGGGCCAACGGCGGCACGGAGGAAAUGCUGCUGCAGAAGAACGAGGACAGGUUCGAACGUGGACAGGAAGACACUUUCAACAUGGAGAUCGAUGACAUCGCCCCGCUGAGGAAGAUGAGGCUGCGCAUUGACGGCUCCGGCAGUCGACCCGACUGGUUCCUGGAUAAGGUGAUCAUGCGUAACCUGACCACAGAGGAAGAGUCUGUGUUCACCUACGAGGAGUGGCUGUCCAGGACCCGGGGACCCAAGAGGACCAUGAUCUGCGAGAUGGCUGCUACUGUGGACGAGGAGACGAUGGUGGAGCUCACCACCUACGUCAUUCAAAUCAAGACUAGCGACAUUGCAGGGGCCGGUACUGAUGCCAACGUGUGGAUGAUUAUUUUUGGCGAGAACGGAGACACCGGGACGCUGGCGCUGAAAGAGUGCAACAAGUCCAACAAGUUUGAGCGCAAGCAAACGGACACGUUCCGCUUCGCAGACAUCCUCAGUCUGGGAGAGCUUUCCAAAGUACGAAUCUGGCACGACAACACAGGUCUUGCUCCAGGAUGGCACUUGGAUCAUGUCGAUGUGAAGGAUGAGAUCAUGGACAAAACAUUUCGUUUCCCGUGCGAUCGCUGGCUUGCCAAGAACGAAGACGAUGGGCAAAUAAUAAGAGAACUGCCCUGUGCUAACAACGACUACUUAGACCUUAAUGAGAAGACAAAAUACGAAAUUUGCGUCACCACUGGAGACACGGCUGAGGCCGAAACCAAAGAAAAUGCCUGGAUUGUACUUGAAGGGAGGAAGGGCCGUUCAAAAGAAUUCUUAAUGGAGAACUCCUCGAAGAAGAAAAGGUUCUUGCGAGGAAAUGUUGACAGGUUUGACUUUUCAUCCAAGAAUGUGGGUGAUAUUGCGGGUAUCUGCCUGGGCCACACACCCAAGGAUGGAAAGAAGGUUAAGGGCGAGGUUUACUGGUAUGUGGAGGAGGUGGUUGUCACCGAAAGGGAACUGGGAAACAAAUACAUCUUCAGCUGCAAAGUGCCCAUUCCUCUCUCUCCAAAGAGGGAUGAGUUUUUGACCUUUGAGUGCACAAAGACCAUUGAGAGCUUCGCCAGUAAAGCUCGAAGCCUGGUGCCUGUCAAGUACGAGAUCAUCACCAUCACGGGGGACGAGAAGGGAGCCGGCACUGAUGCCAACGUCUUCGUCACGAUCUUCGGCUCCAACGGGGAUUCGGGCCGGCGCCAGCUGCGGCAGAGGUUCCGGAACCUGUUUGAGCGCGGGCAGACAGAUCGCUUCCUUUUGGAGAUGCUGGACAUGGGAGACCUGCAGAAAGUUCAGGUGGAGCACGACAACUCCGGUCUCAGCCCCGGUUGGCUGCUGGAUCGCGUGGAAGUCACCAACACGGCCAAUGGCGUCACCACUAUCUUCAUCUGUGGGAAGUGGCUCGACACCAAGAGGGCUGACAAGGAGAUCACCAGGUUCAUCUACCCAAAAUAUUAAAGCAAGUAAUUCUUACCCUUAACAGAGGACAUGACAGCAAUGAGCAAGUGGAUACAGCUUUUAACCAUUUUACAUCUCAGGAGACAAAUUUUUAUAUUUGUAAUUUUAUAAAAGUUAUGUUACGUUAGAUAUUUAAUGUUACUAUGACUAGAGGCUACAAUGAAAAAUUUGUCUCAAUGUGCCAAUAUUUUCAAGUUUUUGCUUUGUUAUAAUGGUUUUAUAAAGAUUAAACUCUUUUCUAUUA